CUGUACAUAACAACUCCAAACUACAUACAUUUUCUCCAAAUUGAAAUUAGGGUUUGCAAAAAUGGCUGGAAAAUCCGAUGCAGAAGUGAAGAAAGGCGGUAGAGGAAAACCGAAGGCUUCAAAGUCUGUUUCAAGAUCGUCUAAAGCCGGCCUUCAGUUCCCCGUCGGUAGAAUCGCUAGAUUCCUCAAGGCUGGACGGUAUGCCCAACGUGUCGGUGCCGGAGCUCCGGUGUACCUGGCGGCCGUUCUCGAGUAUCUGGCGGCUGAGGUGUUGGAGUUGGCUGGAAAUGCAGCGAGGGACAACAAGAAGAGCAGAGUAGGUCCAAGGCACAUACAAUUAGCGGUGAGGAACGAUGAAGAAUUGAGUAAACUGUUGAAAUCUGUGACUAUUGCUAAUGGUGGUGUUCUGCCCAACAUUCAUUCCACUUUGCUUCCCAAGAAAGCAGGCAAGGAUAAGGGGGAUAUCGGCUCUGCUUCUCAAGAGUUUUAAGUUUAAUAUCGUUUCAUGUAUGAUACAGAACAGUGUUUGGCUUUUGGAAUACAGUCUCGCUUUUGUUUGCCUCAACAUCUAACUAAAGGUGUUACGUGUUUAAACCAAUAACUAAAGAUCGUUUAGAUCCA